AUGAAGACCGCCGUUCUCGCCACUUCUAUCCUGGCUGCUGCCGCCACUGCCUUGGCCGUCCCCAGCAACUACAACUCCAAGCGUACCGACCUCCGACCCCUGGCAAUCCUCGACUUGGCGGGAAGCACCUACUCGCAGACUCCUCCCACCAGUCAAGUUAUUUCCUUGACCAUCAAUGACCCCAACACCGGUCUACCAAGCACCACCAACGCUACUGACUGCAAUGCCGCAUGGUCCUUUGGCGAACCUGGAUCUGAGAAGUUCCCUUGCGACGAUCCUUCGUACACCAUCAGUUUCCCUGAUGGACUGUUCAACCUUGAGAACUUCACUCUUGAGGUGACCCGUGCCGACGGAGCCCAGUCUGGCACUGCCCAGGUUUCUGGCGUCGACUGGGGCUGCGCAAAGCACGAUGGUUACCCGGAGGAGACCUGUGGCUGGGUCGGUGUUCUCCAGGUCCCUCUUCAUUAA